AUGGCCGAGAAAGAGGGAGGCAUUGUGAAGAAGGGCCAGGAGGAGGGCAUGAAGCUGGCCCUCUCCCUCCUCCAAGAGUUCGACCUCCCGCUGGGCCUCCUCCCUCUCGCCGAGGUGGUCGAGGUGGGCUUCGUUCGGAGCACCGGCUACAUGUGGGUCGUCCAGAAGAAGAAGGUGGAGCACAGCUUCAAGAUGGUGAGCAAGCUCGUGAGCUACGGCACCGAGAUCGACGGCUACGUCGAGAAGCACCGCAUCAAGAAGCUCAAGGGGGUGAAGGCCAAGGAGCUCCUCCUCUGGCCCCCGGUCAACCAGAUCAGUGUCGACGACCCGCCUACCGGGAAGAUCCAUUUCAAGAGCCUCGCUGGGGUUACCAAGACGUUCCCCGUCGAGGCCUUUGCCGCUGGUCAGUAGUGGCGGCAUCGAAUGAGUAACAGUCGGAGUGUGGUUUUUUUCGCACGUUUAUUUGCUUGGUUUGUGUU